CUCACAGGGGCUGGGUCCAAAACACCUUAAUAAAAUACUUGAUGUGACCUAUAGCAGCGUACUCUUUUAGCACACUAGCCUAGUUAAUACGGUAGAAUGUGGUUUAGGACGUUACCAUAAUCCUGACGCUAAUAGAGCCUGUGAAAGGGCGGGUCCCUCUGCCUACCUGAGGGAACUACACCGAAGUAACGGCUGUAUUCCAGGAAGUCAAACGCAUUUUCAGGGGAAAAAGGAGUUGGAGUCGAUGGAGAGACGCUAAAGUUUUACUCAGUUAGCCUAACCCACACGGAAGGAGAAAGUCAUGGGGCUGUUGGGCGACAUGCUGUUUCUUUUUGGAGUGUUUCAGUGGUCGGUGUGGAUCAUCUCAGUCUCAGGAGGUCCAGCAUUUACCAUAAAUGUUUCCAGUAAUUCUAUCAUACAUAUAAAUAGGAGUACGGCUUCGAGGUUAAAAUGUGAAGUUUGUACUGGAAAUUCAUGCAAGUCCUCUCUGAUGCUCAGUAGACGCAUGGAUGUAGUCUUCAGCUGUUCACAGCCAGAAGCUGUCUUCAUGGUGGAGAUUGUUAGACACAUUGUAUGCACCACUACGUGUAAUGGUACGAUCACCCCAGAGGACUACCCUUCUCUUCAAAACUUUAACCGCACCUUUACCUGGAACGUGAAAGUCCAGGGUCACAAGGCUUUCAGCUUGGACUUUACCAGAGCUGGUUUAAGGCAGAUUCAACCUACAGAGCAAUGUCAAGACAAACACAUCUACACAGUGUCUACAGGCACAGUCAAAAUUGGGAAGUUUUGCCGUCAGGGCACCAUCAGAAGCAUGCAGGUGCUUCGGGAAGGCAUUGUGUCUUUGCAGGUUCCUGGAAAACAACAGCUGAAUGCAGUGAGCUUUGGUGUAUCAACAGGACUGGAAAUAAUAUCACCUGCGAUUAUCAACGUCACUCUGCCGGAGGAGCCGUCGUCCCAGGAAUUCUUUUCACCAAACUACCCAGAGAGCUUUCCUGAUGAUGACCUAAUCACAUGGGCCUUCCAAGUUCCAUACAAGUACUAUUCAACAGUGCGUAUACUGAACUACACCGUGCCCAGGUGUGAUACGAGAGAUACACGAAUGGAGUACCAGCUAUAUGGCAGGACCAUGGUGAAAAAACUGAGCGAGGCACAGCUGACUGAGCACCAGGGCUCCUUCAAUCUUUCACUGCAGAACUGUCAUGUAGACACACACUCUUCCUCCACCAGUCUCACCCUGCAUUUCAAAGUCUCUGCCAUCCGGAGAGGCAGCGAAGUGCGCUGUUCUGUGGAUCUGAAGAAGGAAAAGCAUCUGCUAAUACACAUAAUGAAAAAGAAACCCAAAUCAGAUUGCAUUUUGAAACUGAAUUCACUGGCUCAGGAGACAGCCACCAUCCCUUCAGGAAAGGUCUCCUAUGUAUCUUUCAUUGACUGCCAAGAGGAGGACCUGCUCAUCACUAUAAACAAAACUAUAGCAUGUCAGCAGCUGGGAGACUGCCCAGAUCCUGGAUCUCUAGGGGUGCCUGAACUAGAUAAAUGCAUCCUGGGAGUUGUGCAAGAGGUCCGAUGGAACCUGUAUGGCCCACAGAAUGGCGCAGUGGAGCUGGUGUCUUCAGCGGGCAACCUGCAGCAGUCUCUGCCUGGUCACACAUGCGACAACACUGUUCUUCUUACGGUGUCACAAAACGAGCCCCAAGGCGUCACUGUCGGGCAGUUUUGUCCUCAGGGAGCGAUUCACAAAAUGCAAAUCAAUGUUGCAAACAUUACAGUGAGCGCGUCUCCCGCAGGUGGCAAGAAUUUAAGGCAGAUCACCAAAUCCUUCUUACACGUUUCAUUUACUAAUUCUGUAAAAGAGCACUACAUUUUCACUGUCUUGCCAAAGAAGGAUAUACCAGUUCUCUUAGCAACUCCAGCAUGGCCGUUGGGAAUGAAGGCAUAUGCCACUGUCUCCUGGUUCGUCUCAUUUCCUGCACAGCUUGAGGCUCAUGUGAGCUUUACCAAUGUUAGCCAGCUCACAUGUCAGAAUCGACCAGCUUACAUUAAAUUGCACAGGGAGCGAUCACAAGACAAGAUGUACAGCUGGCAAGAUCAAAAUCCUAAGGAUGUGGUGAUACCAGAAUCUUUCUUCCUGAACAUGUCAAACUGCUUGCCAGUGAAAGGAGCCUUCAGCGUGGUCAGCCAGGUCACCUUGCACAUGGGCAAAAGUGUGCGUUUGAGCAUCAUCCUGAGUGUUGUGGGUGUUGUUUUGCUGCUGAUGGCAAUCAUGUUAGCUGUGUUCUGUAUUAUGAGCAGGAAAAAGAAGAAGCAGCAGAGUGCUCCUGAGGUCUCAGUCUACAAUCCCAAUAGGCAUCCCUUCCUGCCAGGCCUUGCCAGGAUUCCCCAGGAAACAUCAGAAGAAGAUUUUCAUAUUUAUCAUAGUAUAGAUGACUACCUGGUAUAUGGGCAUCUUCUUAAAGACUCUGUAGAAAUGAAUGAGGUUGGAAAGCCAGCUGUGGGUGUGUACCGGGAUUUCACUGGACCCACAGAACAGCAGCCAUUAACAGAUGAUGGAGGAGGUGAGGAGCCAGAAGUAGGGGUCUACAGGCCGUUCACAGGGCCUCAGACCGUACCAGAUGUGCCUGAUAUACUUGUAAGGCCAGGAGAAAAUCUGACAUGUAAAGACAAGCAGAAAGCUGAUGAGGAAAUCGGUGGAGGUGACUCUGUUCGGGAUCAGGAAACUGUGCCAAACAUACAGAGAGCACCGAAAGCAGAGCCAGAGGAGGAUUAAUGUGAAUUUAUGGAGAGUUUAGGUUUAAAACUAGUAAUGCACUAGAAGCUAACAUAAAGAGGACCAUGUCUGAUCCUGAUGCUGGAAUUGUUUUGUUUUUGUUUUGUUUUUUUUGAAUGCGACAACUUUUUAGUCUUUUAGUCUCGUUAUGUAAGUAACCUGUUUGACUGAAUUUGUACAUUUUUGAAAUUGUGCCUUGAUAUGUAUCAUCUCUUCCUGUUAAUACCACAAAAUGUUUAAUUACUUUGGAAUACAUCCAAUGACUUUGAAGAAAAAUGUAUCACAUCUUAAUUGUGAGCUACCACACUUAGGCUGUUUUUAUUUAAAAAUUAUAACAUUAUUUUAUUUACAUUUUUGUACUACAUUCUAGAAGCCUUGUGUUGACUGUGGUAGUGGCACUAUCACCAAAAAACAGAUUUGUCGCAUAGAAAAAAAGCUUAAAAAGCUUUGUCACAUAGCCAGUGCACACUAGGUGCUAAAUUAGCUUGUGUGUGUGAUAGAUUGUUUUUAGAGACCAAAAAAUGCUCCACUCAUAAGUUACAUAAAUAAGAAUAUUUAUUUUGAAGUUCAGAUGUUGUCAGUAUUAUGCCAGAUCAUUCACACAUCUGGCCGAGUGUGACGUAAAGUUCCUUUGGAAUCAGCAAGAGCCAUAUUAUGUAACGCUUAAUAAAACAUCUGUUUUACCGAA